ACGAUUUUAGCCUCCACACAAGAUCUUGGGUUCACCAUGAACACGCACAUGCACAUAAUCUCUAGUUUGAUAUAACUCUAGAGUUGUCAACCAAACAACUUUCAAAUGACUUCUAGGAAGGUUUCUUCUCCCUUAAGUUGACUUCCAUGGAAGACCACUCUCCCAAGGCGCAGACUCUGCACAUCCAAAUCUUCCAGCGUUAUCUGCAAAUACCAUUACAGACUUCAAAGUGAAACAUUGGUCUAUGGAUUUACAAUUUUCUCUCUUUUUAUUUCACAUCAAUGAGAUAAUAGCUAUAUUUCUUCCGGUUUUGCUUCCAAUAUCAACUAAUCAACAGGCUUUAGUUUGGAUAUUUAGUCUCCACAUUUUUUUUUGUUGAAUGGCAUUGGUCUUGAAAAUUUGUAUAUUAACCAUUCUUCUUGAGUUGUUGUCCAAUGCUGUUAUGCUAUUUUUGCAGAUGUGCUGCUUGAUGAUCUUCUAAUCGCAAAAAAUUCACCUCUUCAGUCUGAAGUUAAUUCUCCCAUCUUCAGUUCCGAUAGAACUCCAACUAUGGCAAGUUCCAAGCUUAACCAGUCAAAUGCAAAGACCGAGUCAGCAUUUGUGCCACCUACUUCAACUGUCAGAUCAGAGAGUGUCUCCUCUAACUUGAGCAUGGAUAAGAAAUCUAUGGAGAACCUGGCUGAGGCUUCAGCAGCUGAAGCUGAGGCAGUUAGUGCUGUCUGGCAAGCUGUAAAGUUAGCUUCUGCAGGCCCUGCAGAAGAGGAGCUUCCAGAUGCGAAAGCAUCUGGAACUCGCAUAAACGAUAAGAUGCAGAUCUCAGAAACCUCCUCAGAUAGCAGCGACACUGAUACCCUUGAGGCAGAUGUCCGCCUCCACCCCAGAGCUGUGGUGGUUGCUAAAGAGGCUGCUGGUAGCUUGGGUUGGUUGGUGAGGCAACUUUCAUUGGAUCAGUUCAAGAAUGAAAGCAGACGAAUGGUUCCGUCUAGGUUUUUAAUCAGGCAUACCCUAACAAAAAGCUAUUCACUAGACAGAAGUCUCCUUAGGGCCUGCACAAGAAGGCAAGCAUGAUCAGGAAAAUAUCUA